AUGCUCGUAGAUUUAGAAGACAACCAAAAUGAAAUUCCAAACGUGUCGAACCUAUUUGAGGAUUUGGAUCAAUUAUUUCCAACUAAUGUAGCCACAAAUUCAACUUCUACUAAUGUUGACUUAAGACCGCAAUACUACAAAACUAUUAUUCACACUGUAGAGGAAGAAGUAUACGUACCAGAUAAGAACUACCAGAAAGCCAUUAGUGACGAUAGUGAAGUGGAGGAGGAUACGCAGUCAAAUAAAGAAAAUGAUGAAGAAUACGUACCAGACUCAAACCCAGAGAGUGAAGAAGAAAGCGAUAAUGAAGAUAUUCAACCGAACAAUACAAAUAUUAUGGAACUUGAUAUAACCGAAGCCGACAACAAUAUUGAAGAAAACUUACAAAAACGGAAGCGAAAGAAAACCAAUCAACGACAGCUCAAUAAAAAUUAA